AUGGCGGGUCCUUCUUCUCCAUCUGUGCCCGCAACCCCUCUGCUGAAAGAUGAGCUCGAUAUAGUGAUCCCCACCAUCCGAAACCUCGACUUCCUCGAGCAGUGGCGCCCCUUUUUCCAGCCCUACCAUCUGAUCAUAGUCCAAGACGGCGACCCGUCAAAGACUAUCCGGGUCCCCGACGGGUUUGACUAUGAGCUCUACAACCGCAAUGACAUCAACCGGAUUCUGGGCCCCAAGGCUUCCUGCAUUUCCUUCAAGGAUUCCGCUUGCCGUUGCUUUGGCUACAUGGUUUCCAAGAAGAAGUACAUCUACACCAUUGAUGAUGACUGCUUUGUAGCCAAAGAUCCAUCUGGCAAGGACAUUAAUGCUCUUGAACAGCACAUCAAGAACCUCUUGUCCCCGUCAACUCCAUUCUUUUUCAACACUUUGUAUGAUCCAUACCGUGAUGGUGCAGAUUUUGUCCGUGGAUACCCAUUCAGUCUUCGUGAGGGUGCACCAACUGCUGUAUCUCAUGGCCUCUGGCUUAACAUCCCUGAUUAUGAUGCACCCACCCAGCUUGUCAAGCCUCUUGAAAGGAACACUAGGUAUGUUGAUGCCAUUAUGACAAUACCUAAGGGAACCCUCUUCCCAAUGUGUGGUAUGAAUCUGGGAUUCAACCGGGAAUUAAUUGGCCCUGCUAUGUAUUUUGGACUAAUGGGUGAUGGCCAGCCCAUUGGACGCUACGAUGAUAUGUGGGCUGGGUGGUGUUGCAAGGUAAUCUGCGACCACAUGGGAUUGGGUGUCAAGACCGGUCUGCCCUACAUCUGGCACAGCAAAGCUAGCAAUCCUUUUGUGAACCUUAAGAAGGAAUACAAGGGUAUCUACUGGCAAGAGGAGCUGAUCCCCUUUUUCCAGUCUGUUACUCUUCCAAAGGACUGCACCACUGUCCAGAGCUGUUACCUCGAGAUUUCCAAACAAGUCAAGGCCAAGCUCGGGAAGGUUGACGAGUACUUCAUCAAACUGGCCGAUGCAAUGGUGACCUGGAUCGAAGCUUGGGACGAGCUGAACCCAUCUGGAGAUGCUGCCAAGAAACCCAAUGGCCCCUCCAAGUAAAAGCACAUUAUAUUAGUAGAGCUAGGACUCUGCUUCGAUAGGCUAGACAGUAUCAUUUUCAGCCUGUUUAUGAUUACUUGCAUCGCGGAGAGAUGGUUACAGUCUUAUAUUUCCCUAUGAGUUUAGAACUAUUGAGAUAUUUAUGCACUUGAUUAAAUUACAUUCAGCAUUAUUUAUAGAAUGAUCUAUCAGUUUUUCCUGCUA